ACCUCAGUGACGCAGCACUCGUCUCACUCGGGAGAAAGAUGAUGAAGCAAGCUCGCACUUUGCUCUCCAGGAGCCUUUGCAACCAAAGCAGCUCACUUUUCGAAGGAAGCUCUAGGUCUUCGGCGUUUCGUGGUUUCGCAACCUGGGUUGAUUCCUCUACCACCAAACGUGCUGAUGCGGCUAAGCCUAGUAGUGGUCGUGUCUUCGCGCCUUACGCUAUCUUCAAAGGAAGAGCUGCACUCUCUGUUGAACCUGUCCUCCCCACUUUCACCAAAAUCGAGCCUGGGAAUCUGAGGAUAGACCGUCGUGGAUCCGUGAUGAUGACUUUUAUGCCUGCUGUUAGUGAGCGCAAGUACGACUGGGAGAAGAAACAGGUCUUUUUGUUUGCUUUGUCACCUACUGAAGUUGGAUCUGUGAUCAGCAUGGGUCCCCAGGACAGCUCUGAGUUUUUCCAUGACCCUUCCAUGAAAUCAAGUAACGCUGGCCAAGUCAGGAAGUCACUGUCGAUCAAGCCACUCGCAGAUUCUACCGGCUACUUCUUCCAAUUGAGCGUAACCGACAACAUCCAAAACAGUAAUGACCGUAUUGUGGUUCCUGUCUCCAAAGCUGAAUUUGCAGUGCUGAAGAGUGCUUUUAGUUUUGCUCUUCCACACAUCCUAGGCUGGGAUCGGAUAACAGGAGGUGACGUUGGCAUUGCAGCGCAGGGGAUUGCUUCACUUCCAAAGGCUGAUCCGAUGCAGUUGGAGCUGGAGUGGGGUAAAGAGUAAAGACUGAUUUGGGAGUAGGAAUGGAGUAAAUUGACAAUGCAUUGUGUUCUUUUUUCUGAAGUUUGGCGUAACACAAAACUUAGUAUGCUCUGUUCUUGAAUUUUAACAUGUCCUCUCUAAGACUACUUCUAAUUUUGGGGCUUCUUCCCGUUGUCAUUAGCACUUCUAUGUUAUUUUACGGUAAAAGCCUUUUGGUUUUCAGCUUAA